AUGUACUCGAGGUGGAGAUGGAGUUUGAAGCCAUGCGGGAGCCGUGAUAGCGCGAGAGGGGGAAGAAACUACGGUUUGGAAUACAUAAAUGCAUACAUAAAUACAGACAUACGGUGAGGUUCUGAAGAGAACUGGGGCAUGUCAGUAUCGCCAGGAGUAGUAAAUAUUGUAUGUGUAUAGUAUGGAGGGAGCUACUGUAUUUAAUACUCGUAUGGAGUAGGGUAGUGGGUGUACGGGAGGCAAGGUGCGGGGCUGGAGCUCCAACUUGGAGCCCCAGCGUCGUCGUUGGCGACCUCCGUGGACACUUCGACGCGAUUUGGGAAGCAAUUUUGACGUGGUGCAUGUGAUUCGGAGCUGGAAUUAGGGUACCCUUGCGACGUUGGUGUGAAAAUUUUCGAAUUUUUGAGAUGCGGGGUGUGGUGGGGUGAUUCGGGCAUCGAGUGGUAGAGGAGGUAGGAAUCGCCGAGGUUGUCAGAUUUCGGGGGCUCGAUGCUUUCCACGGAGAAAUUUGUCGUAGGUCACCGGCCCAGUUUACGGUUUUCCGGUCGUUCCAUGCUGCCAUCGUUAAUGUGCGUUUGAUUGCUGAGCUUCAGAGAUUAUUCAGUGUUGGAGCUGAAUACAAGUAGUGUCUGUCAUGUCACGGUGCAAUAAGGAACUAGACGGAGAAAAAGUGCAUGAUCAUAGAGCUGGGCCCUGGACUUGCACCGGGGUUUGAGUACUCAGUCAAUGCAGAGCCAGGUCCCAUGGGAGCAGGAGCUGGUGCUGCAGCCACCAUAGAAGACACUGAGUCGUCUCCACGUUGUGCUGCAAUUGAAAAAGCUCAAGCUGAACUCAGGCGGGAUCUUGCUGUCCGGGAGGAGCGCAGAAGGGAGUUAGAGUUUUUAGAGAAGGGAGGGGAGAUUUUGGAUUUUAAGUUUGGUGAAGUUCUGUCGUUGGAUUUUUCGGCCUUUUCCCCUACAGAGCCACCUGUUCAUCCGGCGUCUUCACUAAAGAGCGAGGAAGAGGCCGAUGUGGUGGUCAAUGGGGAUUUGAUUAAGUUAAGCGAAGGAUUGGUUGGAGCAGGAGCAGUAGAGGAAAUAAAUGAUGUUUUAGUAUCGUCGGUUCCAGUCGUCGAGGAAGAUGGUGUAGAAUGUUGUGAAAGAUUGGGCUCAUUAGACGCGAGUAUAGGAGAUCCAACCAAGCCGUUGAAUGAAACCCCCUUAGAACUGGACGUCGCUGGUGGGAAUGGCAUCCUUGAAAAACCCGAGGGUGCAGUUCAUUUGAAUAGUGAUAGUGCUCUUAGUCUAGAGGAGCGCAAUGGUCAUACGUUGCCAGAAGAGGUGGAAAGGGUGGCGGGCAGUGAUCGUGAGGUAGUGGAAUUGGAAGGCACGGUAACCAGUUGCAACUUGGAGGAUGAAGCUAUGGUAGAAAUGAGUUACCAAGUUUUACCGCAUCAGAGCUCACAUGCUCUGUCACGCAAGUGGAAUGGAUUGACUGGUAGCCAAGAGUACGAGCCCGUGAACGAGCUCAUAUCUAGAUGUGGGCCGGUUUUGGAGCAGCAUGCAAGUGAGCCUAGCCCCAGGGACAGAGCUUCUGUUCCUUCUGGUAAGGCCAUACAGUCUUUCGAUGUUCGAGUUGAUUCCGACAGCUCAUCUUUGGCUUGCGAAGGUCGUCCGGAUGAGCUGGCGGACAGGUCAAAGACUCAUGAGCAGCCUGUCGCCGUUGGGGAGGGGCUCGGCAGUGGUGCAUCUGCUGUUCAGGUUGAAGUUGCAGCAGCCGAAGUUGUGGCCAAAAAUCCCACUGGGAUUGUUGAAGAUGACGUAGGGACUGUCGAGCAGGCCACAGAAAAUAGCGACCGGGUGGAUAUUGUGUUGUCCUCCUCAGGAGCGGAUACUGGCAGGGUGUCUGACGCAGCAGGAAUCUCACGGGAGCCGUUAGAAAAUGUUCCUAAAAAACAUAGCUCUGAUGUACUCAGUGAGAGCGUUGCGGAUGGUUCAAGCGGCGCAUCAGUGCACAGAGAUGCGAGGAUAGCGAAAAAGGUCGCAUCAAGAGGAGGCAGUUACUUGAAAUUGGCAUACAGAGAGAAAGCAGGAGUGGAUGUGGAGAUGGGUAAUGGUCAUCAUUUAAGGUUGAAGUCAGACGAGGGGGUGGCGGGUGAGAGGGCCAAACAGUUUCCUACAGAGGCGGAGCCAGGGGUUCACGAAACCAAUGGUGCUGAUUCGCAGGAACUUAGAACGGGGGCUCAAGCGGGUGCCACAGUAGGUGGCGUUCCGAGGCUUGUCGGACGGCCGGGAAGUAUUUCUGGUGCACCAAAUUGCAAGUAUCCAGGGGUCGCUCUGCCAUCGGAGAAAGAACAGGAUUCAAAAGUACAAGUUGAAGGCAACAGACACAGCGUGGAACUGAGGGAGAAGCUGGCCACUAAAGCUCGCGAAGACUUCAUUCUUGAAAAGGCUGAGCACCUCAAGGCGAAAAGAAAGCUAAUUGAUGAACGGAGGACUUUGAAGAAGUGUGCGGAACCUUCACGGCGAAAGUCGCAUUGGGAUUUUGUUUUGGAAGAAAUGAAAUGGAUGGCCAAUGACUUCUGGCAGGAGAGGACGUGGAAGAGGUAUCAGGCCGCCCAUGUUUGUCUGGAAAUUGCCAUGAAAAAGGGGGAGGUAGAGUUUUUGGCAGCAGGUUUGAUCAGGGAGCAACGCAGAGUUUCGAGCAUUUUGGCACGUGCUGUGACGGAUUUCUGGCACAGGGCAGAGAUGGCAGUUACGAAGGCCAAGAGCGAUGGUAAAAGCAUCAAAGAGCAAUUGAAGAAAAGAACAAGCGAUAGUGAAUUUGUUCCAAUGGAUGUGGAUUGUCCUGUUACGAAAGAGACUUCAGAGAAGUCGGUGCGUGUUGAGGAAGCUGGGAAGGAGCAAACAAGCGAGGUACUGAAGUAUGCUGUUCAGCUGUUGAAAGAAAUGGGGUCCGCCAGGAUAGGACAAGCCGAGGCCCCUUCGACGCCCGAGCGUUAUCAAGAAAACCAUAGUAUUUUGGAGCAAGUUCGUGAAGUGCAUGUACCGCUGUCGUACAAGGUACCUGUUGGAGCAAUGGAAGCAUAUAGAGCAGCAGUGGAAGCCGAACACGCUAGGUCCGAGGAGGAGUAUGAAAAGAGGCGCACAGUUGCAAUUGCUGAGGCCGAGGCUCUGGCUGCCGCGGAUGCAGCCGAGGAUGCAAGCGCGGGUGGGGAUGCGAGCUACGGAGAAUUCUCGAAUGAUGGAGGUUCUCAGGAUGACGAACCUGCUAUGUUAAUGAACGAGAGGUCUCGCAUAUCGAAGAAGAAGCGGAAGAAGAUAAUUAAAACCGGCAGUAUUGGGUUAAGAAGCGAAGGUAGCGGGUUACAAGGAUUGCCAUAUCGAACUUUAGGUGCAGUGAGUUCAGAAUUGGGCAUGCCUUCAACUCCUGUAACCGGAAAGCGAUCCAUCACGGUAGGCUUGGGACCGAACAGUUUACCUGGAAGCACCUCAGUGAAGCGUGCGCGGUCAUCAGCAACUAAUCUUCGGUCACGUGGCACACAGCCUGGUACUUCUCCAGGUGCAAGUGGACUUGGGUUGCAGAAGGGGUUUGAGUUUCAAUCCCAUCAAGAUGACGGGUUGGAAAUGCUGGAUGAUUCCAGCCAAGGUGAUGUUUUUAGUGACACACCUAGUAGCAAAGUGGUUGGAGGCGAUGGUAAACCGAAGAAGAAGAAGACUAAGACCAAGUCUUAUGUGGGGUUGACGUCUUUCGACGGGGGGUUGGUUCCAGGCACGUCGGUGAAGGAUUUGGACGGAGUUGGCCAGGAACCUCGACACGAGCAGCUGAAACGGAAAGCAGAUAUGCACUGUGUUAGCAUUGGUGGAUCUGACGGAGGCUUGGAUACACCAGGUGCGUCAGGAUCUCCGGGUAUAUCAGUUCAACAAAUCCCGAAAAAACAUAAAUCUGUUAGGCAGGGGGAGGCAAAUCCGGAGGCAGCUCUUACAUCUGGUUCACACAGCGGGCAACUAGUGUCCUCUGUAGUGGGUUCCAAUAAGUUAUCGAGGCAAACCAGCAUGCGAGACAGCCAUCGAAGGGUACGACCGAAGGUUCCUCUUGGUACGGCGAUGGGGGUAGGCAUUCCUUGGUCAGCUGGCGAAGAUCAAGCUAUUCUUGCCCUUGUUCAUGAUCUAGGUCCGAAUUGGGAACUCGUAAGUGAUGUGCUGAGUUCGAAUUCGCAAUUAAAGGGCAUCUGCCGUAAACCUCAGCAGUGCAAAGAGAGGCACAAAGCACUGACGGAGAGAGGUGGUACGGAGGGGUUAGAGAAUGCGGAAGAUCUGAGCUCAUCGCAGCCUCAGGCACCUAAAGGCAUUGUUCGGGGUCCGCGGGGCCAGAGUGCAGCAGAGGAGGAUACUCUCAAGCAUUUCGAGCAAAUUGUUGUAAUUGUGCAAAAGUAUCGUGCACGAAAAAUUCCGGGUGAUAUUAAAGAUCAAAAGGUUUUGCAAGCUUCACAUCCUUCUCACGGAAUCGCCAUUUCCCAGUUCUGUUCCGGCAGCGGCGGUCCUCCAAAUCCCGUGCAAUUAGCGGACCGGAUGACGAGUACUAGCGAUGGUGGCGGUCAUCCAUACCCAGCACAGGGUUCUCAGGCAAAUGUGAUGGGGCCUCAAAACGCUGGGUCAAUGUCUGGGUUAGGGAUGAGACCUCCAGCAGGUGGACUCCCUCUCCCCCCUGCUUUGCAAGGUACAAACGGUUCUCGUUUGGGAGGGGGUCCUGUGUCUCCUGCUGCCAUGGGCGCUGCAGCUGCUAGGGAUGCUCAAAGAUUCACGAUGAACACUAUGAACCUUCCGAGCGAAGAUGCAGCGAGAUUGCAAAUGCCGACGAACAAGCUAACGGAGUUCAACGUGCGGCGAGCACAACAGCAGGCUGGUCCAGCUGCAUCAGGAGUGCCUGUGCUUGGGGGUUUGCCAAGUUCGAAUGGGCUACCCAUGAUGACUAGCAGCACAAAUGGGGGAAUGCUUGCUGCACCGAACCGUGGUGGAUUGUCCCUUCCAAGGCCGAGUUUGGGAGGCAUGGGGCCACCAUUGGUUUCAAACAUGAUCGCAACUGGUCCGAACAGCAGGCUUCUUCCGUCACCGAACUACGUGGCAUCCAAUAUGUCGAGGAGAGUCGCCCAGUUGAUGAAUGCGGCACGGAAUUGCCCGGAGGAGCAGCGGUCGCAGUAUUUUCAACAGCUUCAGACAUUAGCCAACCAGGGCGAAGCACAAGCUGUUUCUGCUUUAUCGAGCCUGAUGGGGGGCGGUGAUAUGAUGAAUGCAGCGGACGGGUCAAACCAGCAGCCAUUUGCACAACACCAACAUUCGCUUCAACAUCAACAGCAAGAACAGCAUCAACAGUUACAACAGCAUCUUCAUCACAUGAACAACUCUUCGAGCAAAUUGCAAGCGCAACUUCAGCAACACAAUCAGCAGCUGCCAGGAACCCCACAGGGUUAUAUUUCUGUGCCCACUCGCAUGAAAGAACAGCAAUGGCAACAGCAUCAACAGCAACACAAGCAAAGGCUACUUGGAGGUCUUCCUGCUAAUUCUCAAGUCCAACAUACGGUGGUUCCUCUUCAACCAGCGGUACCAAUCUUCCCUCCUCAAAACUUGAAUUCACAGUCUCACGUCCUCCUUCCACCCACACACAGUAGUUUACAGAAGCACUUAAUGCAGCAAGUUAGCGGUCCAUCCCAGGGUGCCCAAGUUGUGGGGUCGCUAAGCCUGCAGUCAUCCCCAGCUUCUCCCAGUGGAUCAGGGCAGCAGAAUGAGCCUAGUGCACAGAUGGCUCAAAGUGGCAAGUCCCCACAGACGAAACAGAUACCGAAACAAGCGCAGCCGACACCUCAGCAAGCUGUGCAGCAGCAGGGUUUGAGGAAUGGGAAAGGUGGAAAUAGAGGGGCGAUGUUGAUGCAUGGCGUCUCCCCACAGACGGGACCAGGGCAAGCAAGUACUUCUACUGGCAAUGUGAAUGGCCAAUUGCAAAGUGAAGUAGGAGGGCAGCUGCAAGCAGGGCUAAGAGGUGUAGGUCAAGCUCAAAGCCAAGCCCCAAAGGCAGUGAGUGGACCCCAGGCCGGAAGCGUCCCAGGUGGUCCACAGGGUGGUCAAGGUGGUCAAGCACACGGAGUGCAAUUAGCAAGUGUGUCGUCCGUUGUGGGCCAGCAGAAAGGGUCUCAGCAAGUCCAACAGGCUGCACAGGGAGUAAUGAACAAACCACAACAGGGGAGUCCGUCGCUAACAGGCGGGCAGUCGAGUGGCCAGCAAGUUGGCUCAGGCGCUACAUCAAGUCAGCAAGCAGUGUCGGCAGCUUCAUCCGUCGCUGGAACUCAGCAGCCUCAGCAGUUGCACCGUCGUCAGGUUGCCCAGACGGCAGGCGCCUCUCGUAGGUUGCCGGCGCGACAUCCCGGUAGUAGCGUAGGUAUGCCGGUGCCGGGUCAGCUUGGCAAGACGGGUGUGCAGCAAACUGGGCAUGGCAGUCCCUCCCAAAUGACGUCGCAGACGGAUCCUAACUCAUAUCAGCCUGUUGGGUCGAUUUCGGUGAGUGCCAGCAAUCCGAAUUUGCAUGGCGUAGGCCUGACAUCCGCUGUGAACUCGAGCACAGGUGAAGCACAGGGCACGCAAUGGAAAGCCAAUCAAGUAUUACCUCAUCUGCCCGGAGGAAUGUACAAUUUGACACGCACCAGCAGUCCAGGGUCUGGUCCAGUUCCGACAACGGCGAGUUCAGGCGUGCAGUCGAAUGGUAACAUUGGUAUGUCAUCACUGACUAGUUCAGGUAUUCAAGACGUGGGUUUAGGAAACAUGGCCCAGGGUGUGGGUGUUGUGCAAGGCGUACCAAACCAUAAAGUAGGAGGGCUGGGGAUGAACGGAAGGGGCCUUACAGGAUCACAGGUAGGUGUUGUGGGUGGUCAAAGAAACCCGCUGAGCGGUCCAGUGGGCGGUUCUUCAGGCAUAGGUGCCACGCCGAGCAGCCAUGUAAGGCACCCGACCGGGUCUUCGUUGAUGGCAAGCCCCACAACUUCAGGUUCAGUUGGUGUUUCACAAGGCGGAACAGCAAUGGCAUCAUAUUCAGGCGUGUCUGCAGCUUCUGGUUCGGCGGCGAAUGGUGGGCAGGCACGACAGGGGCAUGGAGGCUAUGUAGCUGCUUCGUCGUCGUCGUCUAGUUUGGAAGCCUCGUCUGAAGUGGCUGGCGCUUCAGGUGCAAGUGGUGCCACAAACUCCGGCAACAGGAUUCCGGGUUUUGGAGCUGUUGAGGUCCCUCCAUCUGGAGAGGCAGCGGCAGCGUCUUCCUGAUGGUACUCGUUAUUUGAAGGCUUUUUGUCAUGUUCAAAUUCAGUUUGUAGCAUGAUAUUUAGAGUACCCAGCUUGUAAGCGGGUGCAGUGGUGAACCCGUUUGAGACAAGCCCGAACCUUGCAGAUUCAGGAUAGAGUUCGAGGACGGUGUAGAGGUGGGCUUUUGACUGGUUGAUCACCAUCCAUAUGUGGGGGGAGCUGGAGGAAACGAAGAGAAUCCCAACUCUGCCAUUGGUUAGCACUAGUUUGUACAUUCUCCAGCCCAGGAGCAUGGUUCGGCGCUUGUACUUUUGGGUGCAGUGCAAUGUAGCGAUAGCUUCUGCGAAUUGACGCCAUGUAACAAAAUAUCUUGUUUUAACAUCGGAAGCUCCGAUUUCUCUUCCAA